GCCGCAGGCUGCGGGCCGCGGGUGGGGCCACAGGCAGCAGGAGUUGCGGCUGCUGGGCUUGCACCUGAGAGCUGACUCCUGAUUCCUCGAAGCUUUGCCCGCCGCCGUCUCCGCCGCCAUGAACCGCUUUAAGGUGUCCAAGUUCCGGCACACGGAGGCUCGGCUGCCCCGCCGCGAGGCCUGGAUCAAUGACAUUCGGGCUGGGACCACCCCCUCAUGUGGGAACCACAUCAAAUCAAGCUGCAGCUUGAUAGCAUUCAACUCAGACCGUUCAGGUGUGCUGGGCAUUGUGCCUCUGGAAGACCAAGGAGAGGAUAAGAGACAGGUGGUCCACUUGGGCUGCCAUUCAGACCUGGUCACCGACUUGGACUUCUCUCCCUUUGAUGACUUCCUCCUGGCCACGGGCUCAGCUGAUAAGACGGUGAAACUCUGGCGACUGCCCACCCCAGGCCAGGCCCUGCCCUCGGUGCCUGGAGUGGUGCUGGAGGAGGACCUCCCAGUGGCCGCACUGCAGUUCCACCCUACUUCAGAUGGUAUUCUGGUGAGCGCAGCAGGCACAGUGGCGAAGGUCUGGGAUGCAUCCAAGCAGCAGCCUCUGGCAGAGUUGGCGGCCCAUGGGGACCUGGUGCAGAGUGCCGUCUGGAGCCGAGAUGGAGCCCUUGUGGGCACGGCAUGUAAGGACAAGCAGCUGCGGAUCUUUGACCCCAGAGAAAAGCCCCAGGCCUCUCAGAGCACAUGGGCCCAUGAGAACAGCAGGGAUAGCCGGCUGGCAUGGAUGGACACCCAAGACCAUCUUGUGUCCACUGGAUUCAACCAGAUGCGUGAGCGUGAAGUGAAGCUCUGGGACACCCGGCUCUUCUCCAGCGCACUGGUCUCCCUCACCUUGGACACUUCAUCCGGGUCUCUGGUGCCCCUGCUGGACCCAGACUCCAGGCUCCUGGUACUGGCAGGAAAGGGUGAGAGUCAGCUGUACUGCUACGAGGUGACCCCACAGCAGCCGGCACUAAGCCCAGUGACGCAGUGUGUUCUGGAGAGCGUGCUCCGGGGCGCAGCCCUCGUGCCCCGGCGGGCACUAGCCGUCAUGGGCUGCGAGGUGCUCCGCAUCCUACAACUGAGCGACAUAGCCAUUGUGCCCAUCAGCUACCAUGUGCCCCGCAAGGCUAUGGAGUUUCAUGAGGACCUAUUUCCAGACACCGCAGGCUGUGUGCCUGCCUCUGACUCCCACACCUGGUGGGCUGGGAGCAGCCAGCAGGUACAGAAGGUCAGCCUCAACCCAGCCAGCCGACCCUGGCCUAGCUUUACAUCCUGCCUGGUGCCCCCUGCAGAGCCCCCAGCUGAUGUACCCCAGCCUUGGGAGCCACCCAUGGAUGACAUAGACCCAAGUGAGGGAUUCUCCUCACCACUCAGCUCGCUGACCUCACCAUCCACACCCUCCAGCCUGGGGCCCUCGCACUCCAGCACCAGUGGCAUUGGGACCAGCCCCAGCCAGAGGUCACUGCAGAGCCUGCUGGGUCCUAGUUCCAAGUUCCGCCAUGCUCAGGGCACUGUCCUGCACCGAGACAGCCAUAUCACCAACCUCAAAGGGCUCAACCUUACCACGCCUGGUGAGAGCAACGGCUUCUGUGCCAAUCGGCUGCGUGUGGCUGUUCCCCUGCUCAGCAACGGUGGCCAGGUGGCAGUGCUUGAGCUGCAGAAGCCUGGCCGCCUGCCCGACAUGGCUCUGCCCACACUGCAGAAUGGGGCAGCUGUGACUGAUCUGGCCUGGGACCCUUUCGACCCUCACCGCCUUGCUGUGGCCAGCGAGGAUGCCAGGAUCCGACUGUGGCGGGUGCCCUUGGAGGGCCUGGAAGAAGUGCUUACCACACCAGAGGCUGUGCUCACAGGCCACACAGAGAAGAUUUACUCCCUGUGCUUCCAUCCACUGGCAGCCAAUGUGCUAGCCUCCUCUUCCUAUGACCUCACUGUUCGCAUCUGGGAUCUUCAGGCUGGAGCUGAGCAGCUCAGGCUGCAGGGCCACCAAGACCAGAUCUUUGGCCUGGCCUGGAGUCCUGAUGGACAGCAGCUGGCCACCAUCUGCAGAGAUGGGCGGGUACGGGUCUAUGAGCCCCGGAGUGGCCCUGAGCCCCUGCAGGAAGGGCCAGGGCCCGAGGGGGGCCGUGGAGCGCGUGUUGUCUGGGUGUGUGAUGGUCGUUGUUUGCUGGUAUCCGGCUUUGACAGCCAAAGUGAGCGCCAGCUGCUCCUCUAUGCGGCUGAGGCCCUGGCAGGCGGCCCCUUAGCAGUGUUAGGACUUGAUGUGGCCCCCUCAACUCUGCUUCCCAGCUACGACCCAGACACGGGCCUGGUAUUCCUUACUGGCAAGGGCGACACUCGCGUGUUCUUAUAUGAGCUGCUCCCUGAGGCCCCUUUCUUCCUGGAGUGCAACAGCUUCAUGUCUUCUGACCCCCACAAGGGCUUCAUUCUCUUGCCUAAGACAGAGUGUGAUGUGCGGGAAGUAGAGUUUGCCCGAUGCCUGCGGCUGCGCCAAACCUCCCUGGAGCCCGUGGCCUUCCGGCUUCCCCGAGUCAGGAAAGAGUUCUUCCAGGAUGAUGUGUUCCCAGACACGGCUGUGAGCUGGGAGCCAGUGCUUAGUGCAGAAGCCUGGCUGCGGGGUGCUAAUGGGCAGCCUCGGCUUCUCAGCCUGCAGCCACCGGACAUGACCCCAGUGAGCCAAGCCCCCCGUGAGGCACCUGCCCGUCGAGCCCCAUCUUCAGCGCAGUACCUGGAAGAAAAGUCAGACCAGCAAAAGAAGGAAGAGCUACUGAAUGCCAUGGUGGCAAAGCUAGGAAACCGGGAAGACCCACUCCCCCAGGAUUCCUUUGAAGGUGUGGACGAGGAUGAAUGGGACUAGCCUGCCUGCUGACCACCUCUGGCCUCCAGCCUUGCCUGUCACUGCCACCUCCUAGGUGCCCCUGCACACUUCACAUCUCAUUCUCAAACUGGAAGAUGCUUCUCUGGGCCUGGUACCCCCCAUCCCAGAAGCCCUGGCUUCCUAUUGGCCCUGGGCUCCUCCAUAGCUGCUAUGGAUCUUCUGACCUCUGUUUUCUCUGAGUCUGGCUGUUGCUUCUCAGCUGCCUUUAGCAUGUGCAGCCAGGGGUGUGGGGGCCUGGGGUGGUAAAGAGCAUGUCCCUGGGCAGGCCCUGGGUUCCCUGCUGCACCCUACCCUCUUCCUUGUCCUAGGCUGGUUCCACCCUGGGCUGGCUUCAUCUAGCAACCUUCAGUUACUACACACUGUCCCAUCUUGCCUGCUGCUCCAGUUCUGGGCAAGAGCCUUGGGGCUGGCCCCCCACUAGGCUGUCUGGAGCAGCACCAGCCUCAGGGGCCUGGGAGCAGUUGCCCUGUUCCCUAGGCUUGCAGCCAGGACUAGGGGGAUCCCAGAGUUGGUGGUCCAGUAAGGGAGAUGUUGAGCCCCACAGGGACUAGCUCGUAUAUACCCAAUGUUCUCAACAAUUAAACUUUUCUAAGCUGGCCACUAUUGUGCUGUUAUGGUCAUUGGGCUGGUUGGGAAGGGACAGGCAUGUGGGUGGUCCUAGGGUCCCCUCAUCCCAGCCUCACUCUACUCCUGAGGCCUGGAUAACUGUGUGCUACUGGGAGUACUGUGUCCAGCACAUAGGCUCCCAGGAGUGUUCUGGGCAGUGGUCUGCUCCAGUGACUGGGGGAGACAUGGUUUUCCAAGGAGCUUCAGCUUGUUGUAGCCUGUCACUUAAGGAGCCAGAUUGCAUGCAAGUGAGCAAAGGGUGUGUGGAGAAGGCUGUAAAGAAGGUGAAUUGUGUGAAAGGCAGUGACUGGGAUGCAGGGGAUGUGGAGUAUUCAAGGUUCUGAGAAGGUGCCAUUCCAGCUGAGAGGAAAGACAUGAAGACCUGGGAGGAUCCAUGAGAAGAACAUAGACACUGGUGGGCACUGACGGAGAAGGAUUUGGAGAGUUGGAUGAAAGGGAAAAAGGGCAGUGGUGCAGCACUUAGCCCAAGGCAUCUGCCUGUCAUGUGCCGGAAUCCCCCUUCCAGGUGCUUGACAUCCAAGAAUAGAGAAAAGAGAAGACAUCCUGCCUACUGGGAAUUCAUGUACUAGUGGGAGGGAACAGAUUAUAAAUAAUAGACAUAAAAAUUAAUGAAUUAUGUAAUAUGGUAGGGGGUGAGAAGAGCUUUGGGGAAAAAUACCCUACAGGGGAUGGAGAAAGGCAGGAUAAGCCAAUCACAGAGGUCACACACUAUAUGAUUCCCCUUCUGUGAAAUGUCUGGAACAGGCAAUUCUGUAGGGACAGAACAAAGAGAAAUAAUUGCCAAAGGUUGGGGAAAAAAGAUGGAGACUGAGUGCUAGAAUUCACUGGAACUAGAUGUUGGUGGUCCACAGCUCUGUGAACACAGUCCUAAAAAGCACUGAAUUGUACAUUUUAUUUUAUUUAUUUAUUUUUUUUGGCCGGGGCUGGGUUUGAACCCGCCACCUCCAGCAUAUGGGACCGGCGCCCUACUCCUUGAGCCACAGG